CCUGCAACAGGUCUCCAGUCAGUCCGAGACAGAGGACAGAGAAGCAACCCGAGGACAUGUUUGGUAUCCUGCAUCAUUUCAUUGCACCAAGAAGCGAUGUGCGACUCCACUGAGCGCCGUCAUGGGCAAAAGGGGCCCCGGGGUCAGCGCUCUCACGUAGCCGAGGACGCAACCUCUGGUGUCCAAAUGAGCAGGGACGGUGGUGAUGGACUCCACUCGGGCGCACAGUUGUGAAACACUAUGAAGGCAAAGGGUCCAGCAUCUCAGGGUCUCUGGGCGCCGCAGUGAGAGCCAUGGAUCACUGUUUCCGGAGGAAGCGGGUCGGUCUGCUGAAACCCUUGCUGAGCCUGUCUCUAGUCUUUGCCUCUUUUCUCAUGAUCCACAAGCUGAAAUUGGCAGAGAAGGACGGAGUGGGGGUUAAACGUAUGAGGGAUGCCGUUUGGUGCGGCUCCGAGUGUUUUUCAUUUAAGAAGAGAGUCGUGAAAAAUAGUUUGGGGAGCUCAGAGUCUCCAGUUCUUAGCAACGGACUGGAUGCGCAGCGGGUCUCCAAAGGGACUCCGGCUUCCUGGGACGCGCAGGUUCUCAACUGCAGUGAGGACGCGUCGGUGAGGACCCAGGACUGGUUUGGGCGCUUGGACCCGAGAUUUCACCAAUUUGUUCUGCACAGACACUGCAGGUACUUUCCCAUGCUCAUCAACCACCCGGAGAAAUGCGCGGAUGGAGAGGUGCAACUCCUCAUGGUGGUCAAGUCCGUUAUCGAGCAGCACGACAGGCGGGAGGCUGUGCGUAAAACCUGGGGCAAGGAGCACACGGUGGAUGGGAAGAAAAUCAAAACUUUAUUUCUUUUGGGAAGCCCGGCGACUGGAAAAGACACCAAGAACCUUCAGAAACUGAUCGAGUACGAGGACAUGAUCUAUGGGGACAUCCUCCAGUGGGACUUCAUGGACACUUUCUUUAACCUGACCCUGAAAGAGGUCAACUUCCUCAAAUGGUUCAACAUUUACUGCUCCGGCGUCCAGUUCAUAUUCAAAGGAGAUGAUGAUGUGUUUGUGAACACGCACAACCUGCUGCAGCUCAUCGACUUCAGAGUGGAGGAGCGCAAAGAGGCCGAGUUAUUUGUUGGGGACACCAUCUCCAAGGCGAUCCCCAUCCGAAACCGGCAGAGCAAAUAUUACAUUCCCAAAGAGUUGUACGACAAGCCAUAUCCCCCUUAUGUCGGAGGUGGGGGGUUUCUGAUGUCCUCCCAACUGGCCCGGAGGCUCUUCGUAGUCUCGGAGGACCUGGAGUUGUACCCCAUUGACGAUGUGUUUUUGGGAAUGUGCCUGCAGAAGCUACAAUUGGCCCCAGAGAUGCACCCGGGCUUCAGGACCUUCGGCAUCACCAGACGCAGGGUGAGCCCCAUGAACGGCGAGCCAUGCUUUUACAAAAACCUCAUCGUGGUGCACAAACUGAGCGCGCAGGAGCUGCUCAGGAUGUGGAGCGUGGUGCACAACGAGGAUUUGAUUUGCGCUCAAAGGGUCUCCGUGUGAUUGUCAAUGUAGGCUAUAUAAAGGAAAGUAAAUUAAUUGACAAAAGCUGAACUAAAUACACAGAAGACUUGUGUUUUUAAUUUAUCAUACAUGAUGAUAUUUACACAUCUUUGCAGAAUCUACUGAGUCAUGUAGUUCAGGGAGGGAACAAGUAUGAAAAAAGAAAUUCAUCAAAACUUUUUUCAACAUUCAAUUUUCGCUGAUAGAUUUGAUACUAUACAGCACAUCCAGAUAUUAACAUUUUCUGUAUGUCAAUUUCAGAACAGGUUGGGUUUCCUCUCCACUAGUCUUACUGAUUUACUUUUCCAUUGUGUAAAACCACUACAACACAACUCCACAGUGUGCACACAUGCCAGGAAGGUUUCUGAUUCUUGGUGCCAUUUCAGGUUGUACUUUCAUCAUCUCUAUCAUCUUAAUCUGAGAUCUAAUGUUGAUGUAGAGACAUGGUUGUAAUGGUUUUAGUGCGUGUUUGUGCAGGCAUAAAUAGGACUGGACUUUUUACAUCCAGGUGUUCCUCUGAAACAGAUGAUUUAAUUGUUAAUUUCUGAUUUUAGUGUGAUUGUCAAAGUGAACUAUAUGGACUCCCAGCACGCUUUAUGGAAUGAAUAACUGAAUAGUUGAGGGAUUAUUUUGUAGGGGGGGGAGGGUUGUUGAAAAAAAAUUAAACGAUUUGAUUGUUUUAAGUUAAUAUAUUGUUUUAUUCCACCUUUUAAUGUUAUUUUUUUAAGUGUCAAUUCAUGUGUGUAUGAUUUGCAGAGGCCAAAAAACAAAGAAACUAAACGGCUGUAAUACUGUAUGAAUGUAUGAAGUGAUAAUGUAAAUAAAACUGGAGCUCUCUGUCAACUUUGUAAAUACAGAAUGAAUGUUGCAGAUUUAUAGACAUGUGAACAGCUGGAGAACAGCACAUUAUUGGGAACGAUUUGGAAUAAGAUGUAAAAUAGUACUUAAAUGGUAUCAGAAAGCUGCAAUGUUCAGUUUAAUGUGGCUUUAUUUAAACAAAUACAGAUAUUUUUGCAGAAAAAAAUAGUCAUUUGAUGCCAUACUUAUUAUUAAGAAAAUACUAACUACUAUGCACAUAAAAACAUGAAAAACAUCCACUGUUGCAAUAGUCCUCAAUACAGAAGCACAUUAAAGCCAAUGUGAUGGAUUGGGAAGUUAAAACUAAAUAUACUCUCUUAUAUAUCAACUGUCCUGAAGUUGUUUAUUCAAUAAUAUAACAGUGUUAUCACACAAAUCAGUAAGACAUUUACCCUACUGAUAUUA